ACAUCUGCAGAAAUUUCAUUUCCAAAUGUAUAAAAGGACUUUUAGAGUUAAGAGAAAAGGGAGAACAUCAUCAAAAGUAUGGCCACUUAAUAAUUACAGGAACUGAACAUUGUUUGAAAAUUAACUGACUUAAGGGUAGCCAUACAUGGCUUUCUUGCCAUGCCUUUUCCCUCCAAACUAAAUACCAAUUAAGUUUCCUUUUCUUUCUUUUUAAAAACAAGACAGGCCCUUUCCCUGUUGCCCAGACUGGCCUUGAACCCAAGUAUCGGGAAGCAGGAAUGCCCCCUCUCCUGGCCCCCACUUUCAAUUGUUCUUGAUACAAAAUUCAUACUUACAGAAAAGUUUUCAGAGAACUUAUGAUGGCAAAUAAAAAGGAAGAUCCUAAUGUAGAUUUCAUUGGUUUUUUAUUAUUAUUUUUAUUUGGUUCGAUGGGAAUAGGGUAUUUGGAUUUGCUUUGAAUGGGUCUAAUGUUGAAGUUACUAAGACAAACUUAAGAGCCUGCCUGCACUGUAAUUUAAGUCUCCGGAUUGUCGCAUCUGGUCUCUAUUUUUUAUAAAUUGUCCCCACUUCUGACUGGCCAGUGGUUUGAUAAAAUGUCCAAUGAUGUAAAUGGUGGAUGAAAGGGCAUAUGUGGGUCUUUCAUUCUAAGUGUUCCCAUGUGUAUAAAUGCUCCUCACCAUACUGUGAGGUAAGUAUUAAUAACCUCCUCUUACAGAUGAUAAACAGGUGCAAAGAAGUAAAUAAUGUCUUAGAUUAAAAUUAGAAUCAGCCAAAAUCAAACCACAAACACUUGACAGUUUGAACCCAGAGCUAGUAAUCCUUAACAUUGCCUAUGCUGUGUGAACCAUGCAGUCUUGGCAAGGUUUCUCUGUUUACAGUGUUCCUUCAGGGUCUUUCGAUUACAUACCACUUCAACAUGUUUUUCAAGUUCAAAAAACUCACUAAAGGCAUCUAAAAACAUGCCGUUUUCUCCCUUGACAUUGACAAUCAAAUUCAUUCUGAUCUCUGUAGCAUAUGACUGCCCUGUGCUGCUGAAAUAACUUUUCUGAAGGCUUCAGCUUCUGGCUGUACAGUCCUCCCUCCAAAUCCAGGAAAUACGUUCUCCUUGCUUCUGCCAGGUGCUCCAAUUCCGGUGUUUCUGGCCCUACUGUCACUUUAGCAUAUGUAGCUGGCACACAACACAAUAAACCCACGCUGCAGGUGGAGGGCAGGCAUGUUAUUGAUGUCCUGAAUUUGCUAUUCUAUAUUCCUAAACUUUGUUUAGGAACGAGUUGAUUUUGUAGAAUUGACACAAUGCAAGGAACAUAAUGUCAUUAAAGAAACAUGCCUUGAGUAUUCCUCCAUCUUUACAAUAAAAAAGGUCAGCACAUUAGGAGGGAAUCAGGUUGGUUAGACGGUUGACAGGCUAUUUGGGGAAUGAAAAUGAAAGCUUAAAGGACUAGUCUCCAUGGCCACAAACCAAGAUGGUUCCUUUAAGCGAGGGUGGAGUUGUGGCUUCCUGGAGCGGAAACCACAGCUAACCUCUUGCUUCUGAAGUGUACGCCGCCGCCCCAGUGACGCUAAACGCUGGACGUUUGCUGGGUUGGGCUACGCCUGCGCUGUACAGGAGCAUCCCAGGGUGCUAUGCGCCCUUACCACAGGCCCCGCCUUCAGGAGUAAGACAUGGUGCUGUCGGAGCUGGCAGCGCGCCUCAAUUGCGCCGAAUACAAAAACUGGGUGAAGGCAGGACAGUGCCUUCUGUUGCUACGCAGCUCCCUGCAGGGUUUUGUAAACCGCGAAGUGCUCUCCUUUCAUCGUGGACUGCUGACUGCAGUCCCUGGCCUUGGUCCCCAGGCCACCUGCCGUGGCGGUUCACGGUGCAGCCCGCGCGCUCGCCAGUUUCAGCCUCAUUGUCAGGUAUGCACAGAUUGGAAACGCGAGAUCUUGCGGCAUCACAUCAACAGAAAUGGAGACGUGCACUGGGGAAAUUGCAGGCCUGGCCUCUGGCCGGUGGACCCUUGGGAGGUAGCCAAGGCCUUCAUGCCCCGAGGACUGGCAGACAAACGAGGACCUGAGGAAUGUGAUGCGGUUGCUCUUUUAAGUCUCAUCAAUUCCUGUGAUCACUUUGUGGUUGACCGGAAGAAGGUCACAGAGGUAAUUAAAUGUCGAAACGAGAUAAUGCACUCUUCAGAGAUGAAAGUUUCAUCUACUUGGCUUCGAGAUUUUCAGAUAAAGAUCCAAAAUUUUCUCAACGAAUUCAAGAAUAUUCCAGAGAUUGUUGCAGUAUAUUCCAGAAUAGAACAGCUGUUGACAUCUGACUGGGCUGUUCACAUCCCUGAGGAAGAUGAACGAGAUGGGUGUGAAUUUGAAACAGAAAGUUACUUGAGUGUGAGCCAAAUCCAUGAAAUCGAAAUAGAACUGCUGAAGGAAAAGCUGCAAGAGAUGUAUCUUCAAGCAGCAGAAGAAGAGGUGUUGUCGGAAGAGAUCUCAAAUCAACUGGAUGUAGUGAAAGGGUUUCUGCAAAGCAACACAGAUCUUAGAAAUGGCCUUACAGAAGACUUGCAGAAACUAGACAGCCUCCAUCUACAGCAUCAAAAACAAAUUUCAAAGGAUGCAGGGAGUCAGACACCUGAAAGGAAGACUUGAGGAAACCUGGACUAUUCUUGCAGGAAACCUGGACUAUUCCUUAUAUUCUCAAGAAAGCAAACGAUACCCCCCUAUUUCCCACAUAUACCCUUUACUUAGAUUCACACCAACCUCCAUUCCCGCAGAACACACUAUGUGACUGAGGAUGACCUUGAACUGCUGAUCCUUCUGCUUGUACCUCUUGAGAGGUGAUAUUACAUGCCUGGCUCUAAGAGCAUUUCUUUUAAACUUUUUGUAGAUUCCUUGUGAAUUUCACAUCAUGUACCCCAAUCCUACUUAUCUUCCCUUCCCUUUGUAUCUACCAUGCACCCUUGCGACCUCUGCCCAACAAAAUAAAAAACUAAAAUAAAAAAAAAAAACAUUAAGAAACCUU